GUCAAAUGUUUUGUUUCCACGCCAUAUUUGUUAGCCGGCUAGCGCUCACUGAAGAGGCUCCUGACGAGGUCUCGGCUCAAUCCGACAUCAUCGGCGCGUUCCCGAGGAUCAUCGACUCCACAGCUGCGUCUCUCGCCGCGUAUACGCGUUCACACGUGCUUAGCCGGGGUUUUGGCCGCGAGCGCAGCGCAGAAUUUAAAUAAAAACGAAGCGAUCGAGUCGCGUUCCCUUGAGAUCAGCGCAGGAGCGUCACUAGCAGGGGUCUGUCGCUGCUCCUUUCAUCAAACACAAGCUUCAGCAUCAUGGCCUGCGGAGCCACUCUGAAAAGGACUCUGGACUUCGAUCCUCUGAUGAACCCGGCGUCUCCGAAGAGAAGGAGGUGCGCGCCCCUGACUCCGUCCAGCUCCAGCGCCUCCCCGCAGAAAUACCUGCAUGAGCCCUCGCCCUUCGGCAGAGUGACCUCAGCCCUCACCACAGAGCAAAUCCUGAGCAACAUCAAGCAGGAGUACAAGCGCAUGCAGAAGAGGAGACACCUGGAGAGCAGCUUCCAGCAGACCGAGUCCUGCUGCCCCCUGGAGCCUCAGGCCCACGCCUGCAUCAGCGGCACAGCCACGCUGCCAGGCGCGUCCUCUGGCUCCGCGUCCCCCUCCAGACGGGAGCAGCCGCUCUUCACGCUGAAGCAGGUGGGCAUGAUCUGUGAGCGUCUGCUGAAGGAGCGCGAGGAGAAGGUGCGCGAGGAGUACGACGAGAUCCUCACCACCAAACUCGCAGAACAGUACGAUGCUUUCGUGAAGUUCACCCACGACCAGCUGAUGAGGCGCUUCGGGGAGCAGCCGGCCAGCUAUGUGUCCUGAGCGGUGUCCGGUGCUCUCGUGGAUCUCUCAGGAUAGGUCCAGCAGUGCCAAUCGAUCGCAUCUUUCCCCGCUGGGCACGGAGUUUGUGUCAGGCUUCUGUCUCUCUCUGCAGCGGCUCAGUGCUUCCUGCCCUCCUCACCUGCAACUAGUACUCCAAUCAGUGGCUCUCGUGUCUCUUACUGAACCCUGGAUAUUUAUUAGGCUUUGACGAUGCCUUUUAUACUGUCACCUGUCAUUACAUCCUCGUUUUUAUGUUUGAUUUCUGUAAAAUGCCUUUUCUUCACUGCAGAUGAUGUGGAUUGUGUGAUAAAUGUGAGGGAGACUGCUGUUCAUAGCUUCGUGUAAAUACAUCCUGGCUUUCAUCUGGAGUUUUCAUGUACAAAUCAGAUACAGCGUUUAUUUUGAUUGGAGUCUGUUUUCAUGCUUUGUAUUUAUUUUUAUUUGUUUUGCCCCUUUCCUCUGCAUUAUGGUUUUACUGCUCCUGUAGUUUAAAUGACUUCUGUUGGGAAACUAUACAAAUAAACUGUUUACAUAA